AGAACCCGCGGUGAAGAAAUAAAGAGAUCCUUCUAUAUCGAAAUCUCUAUUGAGAAAAUAAUAGGCAAAUUCCUGGAUCACCCGUGGAGAAGAACCAAAACAGAAUGGUUCCGCCUACUCAAAACUAAGAGGGGAUGCCGCCUACUACUAAAAUCCUGGUUUUUGCAACAGUUGCGUUCUUCUAUGCAAGAAGAAGACUUAGAAAGAACAAAGAAGUUUGGAUCCAAAAAAGUAUGCUUAGGCAGUUCUUUCACUGAGCACAAUAGAAUGAAGAGGAAUUUGUAUCAUUUCAAAUCCCUAUUCUUAUCGAAGAGAAGGAACGAGAAAAACCGAAAUAUUCCUACUCGAACAAGAAGUCCUAUAGUUUACAACUCUUCUUUAUAUAGUAAUUCGACCUAUUGCUCCGCAUCUCCCCAUCAGUUUACUAAAAAGAUCAAAAUAAAAAGGAUCGAACUACCUACUCAUUAUUCGGAGGUGAAUCAUAAAACACCAAAAGCAGUGGUAUCUUAUGGACCUAACAUAGGUCACAUACCUCACGACAUAAGAUUGAAAGAUCCAAACCUUCUUCUUUGGAGCGGAAAGGGACGUGGCCAAAACAUAUAAAGAUCGGCGUAGUCGCUCAUAGGGACAUAUCUAUCCGGAUAGAGGAUAGUCUAGGCCGAUUCAUAGAUAGAUCUCUCUCCAUAUAGAUAGGUAUCUCCGUGGAUAGAGAUAAAGAUAGGGAUCCAUCUAGAUCUUGAUUCACUACUUCCAUAUUUUUUCUUUUUUCUGAUUGAUUGCCUUUUUUUUUGUUUUGACGACAAGUUUUCGUUUUCAAUCUUAAUGCAGGAGCGUUCAGCCACUUGACUCAUUGGAAAGGAAACAUCGUUUUUUUCAUUCUUUUCUUAUGAGGUCGUGUACAACAACCUUAACCGCACAAGCCUGGGCUGGGCCUACCUCCAUCCCUAGAGGAGCCGUAUGAGGCGGAAGCUCCACGUACGGUUUUGAAGCCGAGCCUUUCCAGCAAUGAGGCGUAGGGACCGAUAUGAUAAUUGGUUUAGGUAGGGUGGCCGGCCUACUACGGGCACCUGUAGGGAUUAGUGUGUGAGACCGCGAUCCACAAACUGACGCAUGGGAGUCACCCUUUACUUGGGAAUAGAGAGGGGAAACAUAGCAUGUCACAAGAGCGAGGCGAGGGUUGGAACCCUACUGCGAGAGGGACGCCU